UGUUAAACGGACUGUUGGGCUUGAGUUACUGAAAGUCAGAGGCGAGGGAAGGACUUAGUGAAACACACUCUAACGGUAACAUUAUCAGGGAGGCUUUGUUUGGAUGCUGACUGAAAAAUGAUGGAUACCUUAAAGUGGAUCCAGUCUACUGAAGUUAGCAAAAGGAACAUAAGAUGACAAAAGGAAAGUAGCAGUAGAGACAUGAAGCAGCUGAACUGUUUGAUAUCAGAUUCUGAAAACAAAUGUACAGUAACAAAAGCAUACACUUUGAUACAAGGAAGACCGCUCAGGGGAGGGAUUUCUCAGAAGGAGUAGUGAAUGACUGAAGUACCCUUUAUUAUAAGAAAGAGUCAAAUCUGCAGACCUGGAUGUGAUGUUUAUGAUAGUAUAACAAAAGAUCACUUCAAAAAGAAGACAGUUUUGAAAACCAGGUUUCUGAAACGUCUGCAAAGAGUCUUUCUUCAAAGUCCUAUUCGGUUACCUUGCUAACUAUGUCAAUUAAGGUCCAGUUAUUCUUCUGCCUCCUGGUGAUUUUGCUCCCUGUUAUGUGGUAUUACCACUGGACAUUGUACAACUUCUUCCAUAAAGACUCACAGAAGCUUCUUCGUUCUAAUCCAUCCUCACAUCCACCGCUUCAAGGAUACGUCAGCAUUCCUAACAGACAGAAAAUGAUCAUGCACUGUGGACAAUGUGCCUUAGUUUCCAGUUCAGGACAGAUGCUGGAAUCACAGAAAGGGGAAGAGAUUGACAACGCUGAGUGUGUAUUACGAAUGAACAAUGCUCCCACAGUAGGCUAUGAAACUGAUGUGGGUAAAAGGACAACGUUGCGCAUGGUCUCACAUACUAGUGUUCCCCUGUUGUUGCGCAAUUCGAACUAUUAUUUCAACCAAUCAGGAGAGACAGUGUAUGUCAUCUGGGGGCCCAACAGACAAAUGAACCAGAACUCCAACACAAAUACCUAUGGUCGUCUUGCAAAGGCCAAGCAAAAAUAUCCAAGUGCACAGAUGUACUUUCUGACAGAAGAGAAGAUGGCAUUUUGUGAUAAAACAUUUGCUAUUGAAACUGGAAAAGACAGGGUAAAAUCUGGCUCAUAUCUGAGUACAGGAUGGUUCACAAUGAUCCUGGCCAUGGAGUUGUGUGAUGACAUUCAGAUCUAUGGUAUGGUAAAUGACUCCUAUUGCAGAGAAAAGCAUCAUUCCAAAGUGCCUUACCACUACUACGAAACAAACAAGGUAGGAGAAUGUGAUGUGUACAACGCUCAUGAAAGGGCACACAAAAACGCUCACCGUUUUAUCACAGAAAAGACUGUUUUUGCAAGGUGGGCUGAAAGGAGAGGACACAUCACAUUUGCUUAUCCUUCCCAGAGCUGAAAUCUAGAAAUAUAAAACAUGGAAACCACUGUAGAACUGUCCAGAAGUACUUUUAUACAAGAGCCAUCUGAUUCAUGGGAGAUGCCAUCUAAUUCUGGAAUGUAAUGUUGGGCUAUUAGCAAAAAAGAUUCUGACCGGUUCUUUUAUAGGCUUAUAUUUAUUUAAACAUUGAUCUGGUGAGAUGUGUUUACAAAUUUCCUAACAUAGGAAUGAUUUUAGUAAAAAGGUAUGUGUGUGUGUGUGUGUGUGUGUGUGUGUGUGUGUGUGUGUGUGUGUGUGUGUGUGUGUGUGUGUGUGUGUGUACAUAAAUGCAUUCCUUCAUGUGGAUACAUUCAAAUAAAGUUUUGAUAAAUAACUGAUGUAACUGUAAUUACAGACGUUAAAUAUAUGUGACAGUUACAGAGAACAAUGGGAUAGAGUGCACAGACCUACACACAAAGUACAGAGCUAGACUAGCAUAUUUUCAAAUUAUGAAGUUUCUUGUUUAACUAUAAACAGCAUCUUAAACAUGGACUGCUCUACAGAGAUAUCAUCGGAGGAAAAAUGACAAAUUCUUAUCACUGUGCCUGCAAGAAAAAACAAAAACCCUGUCACAAGUGGUACAACAAAAACACUCACUAUACCCAGUUCCUCUGACUGCAUCUAAAAACUGGCUGAAGGGUUACAUUUAGUUGCCUGAUAAGCUAAAUUAGCACAAACAAAUCAACAAUCAGAGAAAAACAGUCCAUUCCAAAGUGUAAGUUCUUAACAACAAAGUAUGAGGGAGAAGUUCUUGGGUAACAAGGUACUGCAGAUAACAGAUAUAGUUACAAGUCCUUUGGUACACUGAGGCAUGCAAUUCUCACAUAGUUCAGCUCUCUAAAGAACUGCGGUGGUGGUGCGGCGGAAGCGUUGUCACUUCACAGCAAGAAGUUGUGCCGUUCGAUU